CAAGGAGACCAUUAUAUUUAAUUAACUAUUAGAGGGGUUUUUUCAUGAAAAAUAGACAUACAGGGAUCCAAUUGUCACCUUUCAAUAGUAUAAGGACUUCAAUGACAGUUUUAAAGAUUGGAACAGGCCAAACCCACUUUGUUCAGUUGGGCUUCAACUUAAGCCCAGUCCUUGACUUCUGAAAUCAAUUGAAAGAAGAAAUCCCAUCGCAGGAGCUGGCACUGCACACGCAGACUGCUUUUACUGUUCAACGUGACUGGGAUCUACUGUUAUAACCCGGAAGCUGCCUCUGUGUGGGCUGGACUUGGGUGAGGGCUCAUUGGAAUCGGACGGGUGUUUGGCGAGUUCGUUGGGAUGGAACUGGCGUUGAUUGUCUUUGUUUGUUGGACCGGUUGUGGUCCUCGAACGCGUUGGUCACCAGAGCACUCUCUGUGACUGGAGACUGCACAGUUGCGUGAUUGAGAGGACCUUUGCAAGCAAUCAAAGAUUUUGUGGGUGGGAGACUCAGUUGAAAGUAGAAAUCACAUCGCAGGAGCUGGCACUGCACAUGCAGACUGCUUUUACUGCUCAACGUGACUGGGAUCUACUAUUAUAACCUGGAAGCUGCUUCUGUGUGGGCUGGACUUGGGUGAGGGCUCAUUGGAAUCGGACGGGUGUUUGGCGGGUUCGUUGGGAUGGAACUGUCGUUGGCUGUCUUUGUCUGUUGGAUCGGUUGUGGUCCUCGAACGCGUUGGUCACCAGAGCACUCUCUGUGACUGGAGACUGCACAGUUGCAUGAUUGAGAGGACCUUUGCAAGCAAUCGACGAUUUUGUGGGUGGGAGACUCAGAGAUGGUGGGGCAUGACCGCAUGAGGGACUCAAAGGGUUUAUUGAAAAGAGUUGUGCUGCUCACUGGCUCUACAAGUGGCUUAGGGCAAGGUCAGGGUCUUUGAUUGAGAGGUGGGAGUCGUGCUGGUUUCAGAGGCUGAGGUAAAAGAGAGGUAUGUCUGGAUGAUGUAGACUGGGCGUACUUUCUGAAUCUGUAAAGGUAAUUGAGGGGACUGAUGAGAGAAGCAGAGAGGGAAAAAAGAAAAUAUGAGGGUUUAGAAAAAGCUUGGUCAGGGAAGCAGAAGGAUGAGAUGGAUGGUGUUACAUUAUUAUUUUAAAAUAAAUAGGGCAAAGAUAUUUCCUUGGUUUGCUUGGUGGGAUUAAGCCCCACGUAGCCCUUUGGUGGGAGUAAUACAGUAUUGUCUCUCAGUCAGAGGAAGCCAUCUUGAAAUACCUCUUCCUCUUUCUUUGCAUUUCAUUUUCUACAUUCAUUCUCUCUCUUCUUUCUAUCUCAUGGGGUUUCUUUGUUCCUUUUUCCAGGUUUGUUCGUCGUCUUUGCCUCUCUCAAGAACAGAAGGAUUCAAGUUCUGUAUCGGAGUUUGAUGCAUCCUUCAACUGUGAAUCUCCUAUGGUGAGUCUUUAUAUGGAUGCUUUGUAUUUCGUUUGUUUUCGAUGCUUCUCAGCAUCAAAGAUCUCUAUUUAUUUGUUCAGUGGAAUAUUUCCCUGAUUUCUUCUCUUUCGCUCUUCUCCAGCUGAUUUUCCUCCGAAUCUUCAGAAGCUUUCUCUGCCCAACUAGCCACGAUCAGAAACCAUGAGCAAUGUGGCUUGGAAUAGUCCCAGUCCUUUUCUCUUUUCAAUGUGUUGGUGAUCCAAAUCUGCCUCUUCUGGUGAGUUUCAGAUCUCAUUUUUUGUUAUUCUGUUUUCAGGAUAUGUUAAUAUUGAACCCUUUCUUUUCCCCUUGACUCAUAGAUUUGCUGCCAGACCAGAAUGAUUGAGGUCCGCACGAUUAUCAUUAUCUCCCCACAAAGGUAGUGGCAGAGUCCUCAUCGAAGGUUUAAAUCUCUUUCUGAUUACUCCAGUCCGUCUCUUUUCUUCCCCUUUCUUUGACAUCUAUUAUCUUUGCCAGUUCGCUUUUUUCAUAAUCCUUUUGUUUGCCGCCUUUGACAGCAAUCAUGUGCUUUGGAUUUCACGAUAGAGGGUGGAGCAGCAGUUUCAGGAGCUUAAUGUCAGGUUUGCUGGUGCAUAUCGAUUGCCGAUACUAAAUGGAUUUCCUUUAAAUGAGUGGAUGCUAUCUGUGAAUAUUACAAUAAAGUUGUGAGCAAGUCAAGUUCAGUUACAUUUUAGUAUUGUUUUUUGUUCAUUUUUUCUACCAAGUUUUGCUUCAUGUCCUCCUCUCUACUUCGUGCUGCAAAUGGGUCACAACUGGAGUCAGAAAUGGUCUUAGUUAUUAUUACAGAAACCAAAACUGAAAAUACAUUUAUUUUUUUCACAACCUUUAUUUUCUAUAGGAUGUUUAACCUUAGGUGAUUUUGGUGUCAUGGUUCAGCUGUACUGGGAUUCUUUCGUGGAUUACAUUUUGGUUGCUUAGUUAACUGUAGGCAGUCCACUGAUUCACCAACAGGAGAUAGAACUGGAAUCAUAUGCAUUGUAGAUUGGAUCAACUCAGUUAUGGUUCUGCUUAGGUUCUUUUAAUGUAUAUACGAUGCUUAUGUUGACCAUUCGCAACCGCAACAUUCAAUAUUGAUAUUGGACCUGAACCGCUUAUUUCGUUGUGCCUGCAACAUUCAAUAUUGAUAUUCGUUGUAACAGUAAAGGGGAAGGGAAACUCAAGAGCAGGUUACAAAUUAGUGUCCCAUUCUUGUUAUGAUUCUCUUGCUAUCUAGAACUUGAUAGUUUCUUACUGUCCAUUCUGCAUUUUGGCUUAAAACAUGAUCAAUAUUGUAUGCAGCAUUCUUUUAUUUGUCAGUAGGUUGUAAGGAUUUGGUUUCUAAUUAAGCAGUGACUAUCUGCAUUCUAUUUCCGGUAUUAGCUUAAAGAAUCUAGGUUUGUUGAUAGUAAUUUACUGUCAUUGAUUUCAGGUAAAACUCAACGCAAGGAAUAAAAUGGAAUUGCUCGCUUGUGUUUUGCAACGAUGGAAGAUUCUAUUCUGGUCACACAGACCAAAAUGUACUGUUAUGACCCGGAAGCUGUCUCUGUGUGGGCUGGAGUUGGGUGAGGGCUCUUUGGAUUCUGACCGGAGUUUGCAGGUAGUUUGGGAUGGAACUGGUCGUUGGCUGUGUUUGUCUGUUGAAUCGUUUGUUCACAUCGUUUGUUCACAUGUUUUCAAUCAGGAAGGUCCAACUCGACCAUUGGUAAACUACCCUUUGUGUAUCAAGCCAUAGUUGAUGUCUUAUUAGAUGUUACCUGCAUAUUAAGCAUUAGAUUUUACCUGCAUCAUGAUUAGUGUGCAACUAAUCUCAUCUAUUUUAUUCUCUCUUUGUACUGCUCCUACUCUCAGGAUGACUCAUUUGGCGUUGUGUCUUUCUCUUCCUUUAAUUGUCAUUUUCUGCAAACAUUGGGAGCUAACUAUGCCUAUAAUUUUUCUCCUCAGGUUGCCAUCCGACUUAAAACCUAGGUAUAUGGCGAGAGUACUAAUGAGUAAGCCUUGAUCUGGCAUUGACUUUGCCUCUAGGCUAAGUGAAGAGUUUUACUUCAACACAUCCAUCUGAUCCCUCCUCUAUGUCUGCACAUGGAAUGUUUGCUUUUGCUUAUAUUCUGAACUCAAGGGAGAGAGGCAAUUGAAUGAAAGGUGCCUGACUCGCUAUGACACAACUCCUAAGAAAGGCCAAGUGUAACCAAUAAAAGGGACUGCAGUAUAGUGGCUCAAGUGAUGAAUAUCGAAUCCACGGGUCUCUAGAGUUACUAUUACUCAGCUUCAGUUUAUUAUUUAGCAAAUCAGAUUAAGAUGAAAGAACCAAAACUACUCUAGCAAACUACAAUUAAAGUUAAUCUAAUUACAGAUUGGGAACUCACUUAGGUAUGAUUUCCUCUAGCCACUAGCCAGAUUAACGAUUGAUGAUUUCUAACUUAUUUCACUUUCAUUCACAAUGUAACAAAGUGGUUAAGUACCAUACAUGGGCCUGUAUAAGAUCCAGCAUAACCUUCUCCCAACAAUUCGAGUUAUUGGGACUAACUGGUUUAUGACAUGUUAUCAGAGCCUAGAACUUAAAGGUCAUGUGUUCGAAUCUUCACGACCCCUAAUAUUAACCGUUGUAUUUCAAGCACAUGGCAUGGUGGGCCUGUGCAAACUUCAAGCCCAUGAGUUGGCUUUCGUUUGAGGGGGCGUGUUAGAGAAUGGUAUAUGAUCCAGUAUAACCUUCUCCCAACAACUCGAGUUAUUGGGAGCAACUGGUUCUUGACACGGUAUCAGAGCUGGUUUGUCCUUGAGGUCACAUGUUCAAGUCCUCACGACCCCCAAUAUUAACCGUUGUCUUUCAAGCACAUGGUAUGACCGGCCUGUGCAAACUUCAAGCCCAUGAGUCAGCUUUCGUUUGAGGGGGCGUGUAAGGAAGUGGUUAAGUAUCAUACAUGGGCCUGUAUAAGAUCCAGCAUAACCUUUUCCCAACAACUCGAGUUAUUGGGAGCAACUGGUUCUUGACACACAAUGCGGAGAAUCCUUGACUAAACCUUGAGUCUUGACUAAAGGAAUAAGGCCCUCUUGAGUAAAUUGCCUAGAGGGACGUACCCUCUUGAGUAAAUUGCCUAGAGGGACGUAUCCUUCUCUAGAACAACCGAUCAAGGCGUUCUGAACUAGAUUCCCUCUAUCGAAUGAGGUUCUCAAUCGAUACAAAGCAGUGAACCAACCCUCGACUAAAGCAAUCGAUCCAAUACUAUCAAUCUAUGGUGCUCUAUUCACCUAAUCAG